UUUGCAAUUGUUGUGUGCUACCAAAAAUGGAUCAGCACGUCGGACGAAAAGUUCAGAUAGUUCUUCACGAAGGAGAUGUUAUUAACGCAUUUGUCCAUUCUUUCAGUACUCAAAAUGGGCAGAUUUCUCUUGAAAAAGUUGAGUGCAUUGAAAAUGGCGCCAAAAGGAAACUGAUUGGUCUUCAACAUUAUUAUGCUGAUGAGAUUGCUACGAUUGUGACUCUGGAGGAUGUGUCUAAGAAUAAAGGCAAACACGCUCUUGCUGAUGAAAAGACUGUCAGGGGGCAAACUAUUUUGAAGCCAAAGUAUUCCCCGGCACAUCUGAGAAGGCUAGGGUUCUUGGACCCAGCCUCGCUGCUACUGAAAAAUGCCAGGCUGGAUGACAUGGGUUCCUCGGGCGAUGAAGGGGUUGCCAGUGAUUCCGACCCUGACUCUGUGCCGAUCAUCAACAAGAUCAGCACACUGUUCCACCAAGCCAUAGAAGAAAUUCAGAAGUUUUCUGUGGUUGCCUUGGCAAUGCAGGGUGUUUCAAUUGGUCGGAAAGGCAAGCUAAGCUGGCUUCAGAUACAAGCCGGAGGUCAUGUGUUCUUAUUUGAUGUACUGAGAAUGGGAAAAGCCUGUUUUGACGGGGGCCUAACAUCUAUCUUGGAAAAUGAAGAAAUCCUGAAGGUUCUUCAUGACUGUAGAAUGGUGUCCGAUAUGUUACAUCACAAGUAUGGUGUCGACCUUGUAAAUGUAUUCGACACUCAGGUAGCGAAUGUGUUUGUGUAUCGGCUGCGGAACCAUUAUGACUGGCCUCGGUAUACAGAGUCGCUGGCUGCGUGCCUUAUUAAACACCUUGGGCUCUCUAAUGAGGAGGUGACAUGGGCUGUCGUCAGGCACAACUGCAAGGAGGCGGAUGAAGAGGUCUGGCUGGAACGACCGCCACGGCCAGCACUCAUCGACAUUGCAGUGAAGAAUGUGAAGCAUCUGCUCGAACUCCGCUCAAUCCUUAUGGAGAAAAUGCUUGAGGAAUAUGUGGCCGGCGUUAAUAUCUUCCUGAUGCAUGUGAGAGAUGCAAGUGACGGAGAUGCUGAAAGAUAUUUGGGAAUGUCCCAUCUGCUGCCCAUGGCCUUCCAAAACCUUCGCUGCUUUAUGAAUUCCUAUACGCGCCCAGAUCGUAUUGCCCAUCCCUCAGAGAAAAAUAAAGACAUGUAUGGCUUUCGGGAAAACUGCUCUGGAAUUCUGCAGCCAAAUGUGUACUACUCGAAAGACUCAUUGUGGCAUGCUGGCUCAAGGAAGAAAGAUCUCCAGGAAAAACACACUCGGGAGAAUAAACCACCCUCAGACACCACUGGUAAACCGUCCACUUCAUCUCUACCAGCAACACCUAGUGUUCCUUCAGCAAACUUUGCCAUAGAAAAUUCCUCAGUUUCUCAACCUCCUUCUUUAACUAGAAAUUAUCCUGAAAAAAAAUCUGAUCUACUUAGAUCUCAGAGUUCAUCUAGUAUUGAAACAGCUGAUAUUCCUAGUCGAAGGAGUCUUCUCGCCAGACCUGAUGAUGAUCUAGUAAAACAAACUGUUCAAGCCAUGAAUUCAGGUAAACUUUCAAACCUGCCAAUGAAUUGUAUUGAUGAAUCAGUGGCACCAUCAUACUCACAUGACAUUUAUAAUCGAUCUCCAGAACAGCUAUUGGAUGCUCAAGAUGGACCAGAGCUCUCAGGUGGAGGUCUCAUGCGUGCCUUAAUCUAUGAGCAAGACCCGAAAGGUUUUGAAUCUCAUGUUGACAUAACAGAGUUUGAAGUGAGGCCUGCUGGAACGAAUGUUAAUGUUAGAUCAAAUAGGAAGAAAAAUAGCCAAUCCACGGAUUAUCAAGGUUUAGCAUUUCAGAACCCAGUUGCGCCACUAUCUGAAAAUGUUGAAGCAAAGCCCAAAUCUGUGCUUGUGUCCCCUCAUAAACAUUUCAGAUCACCAACUCAGAUGCCGUGUCUCACUGACCAGGAAAUACAACUGCUCAGACAGAGGGAAGAAAUACAAGAGCUUGGUAAACAAAGUUACAGAGUUGGUCAGGGGAGGGAAAUGCCUGUUGAUCCACCUCAAGGGAGAGAAUAUCAGCCUCAGUCAGCUCAAGGGAGACCACCUACAGGAUUAACUAGGGAGAUAGUGCAGCAUUCAGCUGGUAGGGGGAGGUUACAGGAUACUCUUAGUACUAAAAGAGCUCAGGACAUGCCACAUCAACAGCAAAGUGCCUUAUACCCACAUAGCAAUAACUUUUCUCAGGAAACUUACAUGGAAUCUCAGGCAUCCUCAGCAAACAGCAGUGGUCUGUAUUUGAGAAACAAACACUCUUUUGGUGAAAGCCAGUCUCAGCAUGAUGUUCAGGGAGACAAGACUGACCAAUUGGUAUUUGAGCCCCAGUCUCGGCCCCGUGGUCGAAGGUCACUGAAUGUGCUCAUGGGAAGUCUUGGUAGAGGUUUAAGGAGAAGCACCGCAGGUGACUCAGACUCUGAUGAUGGGGCUGCGCGUCGGUUGGCCAUGAUUGAAAUGUUGAGGCAGAAUAAUAUGUAAUAUACGCAGUUCUCAGGGUGGGCUUUUCACAAAUGUUUGAUGCCCCAGUUUUGGUUCCAAAUCAAAAAUGAAACCUGUUAAGAAUGUUUGUCCUUUUAACAUGAUAGUCAAGUAAGAUUUAGCGUGGAUGUUUUGUCAAACACUUGGUCACUCGGUCAAAUCUAAGAAAAAACUUAUUAACACUAGAGGCAAUAAUUUUGGUCCCAUAUCAUUGAAACUGGGUCAGAAUUUUUUCUCUCCAUUACAUCUAGGUCAAGUUUGAUUCUAUUUCAUAUGGUGUACAAAACUAGUUUUGUUUAGGUGAACUAUAUAGAAAUCCUGUAUUAGCUAAUUUUUUCUAUACAAAAGUUACAAGUUAUAGAAUUGCCAAAACCAGGCAGGCAGCUUUACAGGAGGACGGGCAAUCAGGCAGAAGCAAAACAAUUCUGUAUUAAACUUUUUAUUCCAAGUUAUAAAGUUGUUAUAAAACUUUGUCAGAAUACUUGAAUGUUGUCGUGAAUAUGGGUCACCUCAGGUCAAAAACUAGGUCAGAAGGUCAAAUCUAGGGAAAUAUUUACCCCAUGUCAGAAAUCCAUUUUUUUCAAGUUUUUCUUCUUCAGGAUAUCUUAGUCACUUGAAGUAUAAUAAAAUUGAAGCAAAAAAUACAUUUUUUUUUUUUCUGCAGGAUGUUUAAACAAAAAUUCUCCAAAUUAGGUCACUUGCUCAAAUGUUAGGUUUGCAAAAUGACAUCAUAAAAUGUAAAAUCUGGCUUAAAUACGGCUUUGCCGCAGUGGCAUCUUGUUUAAAUUUCAGCAUCAAUAAGUUAUAAAUAAUAUUUAUCAAGCAGUGGACAAAUGAUUCCAGGAUCAUUAAUGCUCAGGUGAGCAAUUUAGGACUCUGUCUUGUUGGGUCUGAGGGCGAAAGGACUCAUGUGGAUAAGGUGUCUCAUAUUGAAGAGGUAAUAGGUUCAAGCCACACUAGGCGCACAUUCUCUUGUCUUGAUAAAAUGUCCAGAGUACUGGUCUACACAGAACACAGACUCAUGAUCACAUUUUUCUCACAUAUUAAUACCUAUUACAUCAUCCAUGUUUCCAUAGUUACCAAGUUAUUAGCCAGGACUUAUUUGGACAAAAUUAAUACCAUCCGUAUCAAAGUGACUGAUUGAUAAAAAAAAAUAAUAUUAUUCAUCAAAUUUUUCCUCAUUAUGUCUCCCAAUCAAGAAAUAGGCCAUCAAUUAUUAUCCGGGACAAGUCACACACUUUGCUGACAUUGAUGACCCAUAUUUUAAUCUUGAUCAAAAGUCAAUUACUGUCAUUGUUCGAGUAAAACAAACAAUUGAGAAUGGAAUGACUCAGGGUGAUCCAGUUUAAAACCAGUGUUAUAUAGUCCAGAAGUUCAGUUUUUAGAUUGUUGUUCAAAUUCUUUGGAUCACGGCAUUUUGAAAAGCAAAUAUGUAAUGCAGAGUAAACAUGUUAUUGAUGAGUUGCUCAAUAAGGGCAAUAUUUAUUUUGUGAAUUUUAUCAUAAAUAACUGACUCACUCACUGAUUGUUGGGUAUUGUUGUCUUUUAAAUAGUUUGUGUUUUUCCAUUGCUGCCAACAUUAUCAUGUAAAAUAGAUUCCUCUUUGUCUUUUCAAAUCAAAUAAUCAAAAUAGAUAAAAUAAUCGAAAGGUUUCUUUAAAACUUCGUUGAGCAUGAAUAAAUUUGAGUCUUGCAUUUGGAUUUCUCCUGUGUUUUGGGAUUAUUAAAUACAAUGUAUACUAGAAAUGUUGGACGUCUUUUAAAUCAUGUAUAUAUUUUUUCAUUUUUCAACAAUUUUGUUUUUUGUUUUAUUAGAAUAAUACAUGGUUGACCAUGGAUUUCGGUUGAUUAUUGAUCCAGUGGAAGGAAUAAUUGCCCAAGGCAUGGGCUUGUAUAAAUGUUUGCUUACCAGGUAUUCUUCGGCCAUUUUUUAUUUUCGUGAAAACGACGACAUUUUGCAUGAUUUCGUCUUUGUUGGGUAAUUAUGUCAUAAUCGCCCUCAAGUUUCUUGAUAAUCGCACAGCUGGACAUGAUAAUCAUUUUUGCAUGAACAAAUUUCUGAAGUAAAAUGUUACUAUAAUAGUAACAUGUGUAUAAUUGUGUGAUUAAAAUAAUCAAAACAUUCGCCCACCCUGUAAAGCACUUGUUUAGCAUUUUCAUUUAUUUUAGUUCUUCAUAAAAAUAAUAUUUUGUGUUUAAAUGGAGCUUAUAAUAGUAAGGCUAAUAUUUUUGUCUGAAAAUGAGCAAUUUAAUUAUUUAGCAGCAAUAUUGAAAUGCUUAUGAACUAUCUCUUUCAGCGGAUAAUUAAUGAUUUUUUACCACUAAAAAAAAUGGAAAUAGUUUCACUCAAAAUACUCGCUUCAUCAUGUUAAAUUUAGUAGAAAUUAGAAACAAAUAAAACUUUGUUUGCAGUUGGGAACAUUUUUAUUUUAUAUUUGAAAGGAUUAUAUUUUUCUAAAGGGGCGAAUUAUUUGUACAGUACGUUUUCAUAACAAUGGGUUAAAGUGAAUUUAGCACAGGGUUUGGUUCUGAAGCUAAACAUAUAUUAUACAAAACAUUCAAUAUUUUGAGAAACACUUCAUUUUGGGGCGUAAAGGGGUCCCUUACCAAUAUGGGGUCUGUCCAUUCUGUAUUUUUGAUAGUUUUGAUAAUAAAAUAUGUUCUGUUU